AUGUCUCAACAGAAGACGCAUUUCGAGACAGGGAAACGGAUCGAGAGAGGGAAAAGGAUCGAGACAGAGAAACGGAUCGAGACAGGGAAACGGAUCGAGACAGAGAAACGGAUCGAGACAGGGAAAUGGAUACAGAGGCCGAAACGGGUCGCGUGGAGGAACCGGGUCGCGUGCGGGAACCGGGUCGCGUGGAGGAUUCGGGUCGCGUGGGGGAACCGGGUCGCGUGGGGGAACUGGGUGGUCUCGAGGUCCCUUGGUGUGGCGCGUGCUCAGACGCGCGAACCCCGAGUGGCGGCGCGUUCCGACGGCAAUGGCGAAGCAGUGGGAGCGCAUGAAUACGCGCUACGACCAGGAGAUUCACAACCUGCGGCGGAAGCAGAAGCGGCGGAGGAGGAAGCGGGGCCAGGCGGGCAAGGAAGCCGAUCCGGCGACGAUUUAACACCCGACCCUCCGUUCAUUCGGUGGAUCAAGGAGCAGCACGCUGCCGCCUUAACACGCUGCGAUGCCGACGAAAGCGACGCCGACGACGCCGGCGACGACUUCGGCGACGACUUUGGCGACGACUUCGGCGACGACGGCGAAAGCGACGCCGAAAACGACGGCGAGUCGGACGACUCAUACGAUAUCGACGAGUGUCUUAGAGGACGAUUCGGAAGGCCGUAUGACUUAACAGAAGACAGGGUUCGAGACAGAGAAACGGAUCGAGAGUGGGCAACGGAUGCGGAGGCCGAUACGGGUCGCGUGGGGGAACCGGGUCGCGUGGGGCAACCGGGCGGUCUCGAGGUCCCAUGGUACGAACUCCAGGAAGGCGAAACGGAAGGCGAGGAAUUAGGGGAGCUCGCGGCGCGGAAGAUGAGUCAUUGGAGCGACGCGGAGCGGAUGGAGCUCGCAGCGGCUGUCGUUUUCUGCCGGCACAGCGGGGAGGUGACGCGGCGGAGCGGCGGCAGGGGGGAAGUUUACUGUCGGCAGGUGUGGCGCGCGAUCCGGCGGGGAAACCUGGAAUGGCGGCGCAUCCCCACGGCGAUGGAGAAGCAGUGGACGCGCAUGAAAGCGCGGUACGACGCGGAGACGCUCGACCCGCGGCGGAAGAAGCGGCGGAAGCGGGGGGGGGAAGCGGGGGACGGGGCGGUGCCCCGCGAAUGGGACGACGGGCGCGGAGCAGCAGGCAGGGGGGGCGGAGCAGGAGGUGGGGGGAGCGGGGCAGCAGGGGGGUGCUGCGGAGCAUCAUGCGGGAGGCGCGGGGCAGCAGGCAGGGGCCGGGGGGCAGCAGGUGGGGGCCGUGGAUGA